AUGGAACACCCGAAAAACCCGAAAGACUCGAUGAGGUCAACAUGGCGCCGAUGGGAUCGAAGUCAAUGGACACUAUCACACAAGCUAUUUGAACAUGCAAACCUUUACCAUGUUGACCUUGAUAGGGAGGUCCCGGUUCAUUCAAAGCAGGAAAAGAUACCUUAUGUUUCAGACUGGUCGCUCCACCGCUGGAUUAUCUUUCACGCUAGCAUCCCACUCAUCGUCCACCAACUCUUUGUAUACCUUACCGGUCAAAACUUCGGUCCCAUCGUGGCUUUCGGCUUUUACUAUUACACUAACAGGAUAUUUACCAGCCGAGAACUCCGGAGACUUCGCGAGCUGGGCCAUACCUAUGGGUUUUUAGACGGUGACAAACACGAGCGGGAUGGUGUCCCCGACGUGGGAGUGUCCAAGGUACUGACGUCUGUCAUGCUGGCCAGCCUUGUUCGUCCAAUGAUAACAGUAUAUCUUACUUACUCGGCAAAUGAAGCUCCAGCGUCCAUGAACUGGCGAUGGCUCCCCCUCGAAGUCAGUUUGUAUGGCAUCAUUCUGGACUUCUGGUUUUACUGGUACCAUCGCAUCAUGCACGAUGUCCACGGGCUCUGGAAAUAUCACCGGACGCACCACCUGACCAAGCAUCCCAAUCCACUCCUUACGAUAUACGCAGACUCGGAACAGGAGUUCUUUGAUAUCGCAGGGAUUCCCCUGAUGACCUAUUUUACAAUGAAGUUCAUGGGCUUCCCGAUGGGGUUUUAUGAGUGGCACGUGUGUCAGCUCUAUGUACUCUUCGCAGAGCUAGCUGGACACAGCGGUCUUCGUCUCCAUGCCUCGCCGCCCAAUCCGUUGACUUGGCUCAUGCGGAUCUUCGACGCAGAAUUGGUCAUUGAGGAUCAUGAUCUUCAUCACAGAAAGGGAUGGAGGAAGAGUCAUAAUUAUGGCAAACAAACACGGGUUUGGGACCGUGUGUUUGGUACCUGCUGCGACCGGAUUGAGGGAGUAGAUGCCAACAUCGACUAUACAAACACCGUCGAAAUGAGCAUCUUCUAG